UCCGUGUUCCUUCUGAAACUUUGUUUCCAGUCGAGUUAUCGGUCUUAAUCAGACGUUCAAUCAUGGCGGAUCCUAAUAAUGCAAGCUCGGAUUGGCAUACUCCAGCUUUUCGUUCUCGUGUUGUUGCGCAGAUAGAAGAUAGUAUGCGUCAUGCACCAACACCUAUGGGUAGAUCCUCUGUUGAGAUGGAGAAUCAUGUUUACCAGAAAGCACAGACAAGAGAAGAGUACCUCGCACUGGUUGCAAGGCUGAUUCUCCAUGUGAAGGACCACAUUGCAAAGGGUAGGGCACAGGCACGUGGCAUGAAUCCUGGAGUUGGCAUGCCACAGCAUACCAUGGGUGGGACAGCUGGACCUUUGGGGAUUGGUGAUCAAGCCCAGGGAGCAGCCACAGAUCCUAUGAAUGCAUUGCAGAAUUUGGCACGUCAGGGUGGACAGCCUCCUCAGCAAGGAAUGAUGGGGGCACAGCAUGCGAUGCAUGCUGCAGCACAGCAUCGGCAGCCAACACAGCAGCAGCAGGCAGUAAUGAUGCAACAGCGGGGACAAAUGCAGCAACGACCUCAGUUGCAGCGUCAAGAUGCCUUCAUUGUCACAUCUCCUCAAAACAUACAGCCUAUGCAAGGACAAGGCAUUCCUUCCACAUCUGCUUCUAUGAACUUCCAACAAAACACUAAUACAUUCCCUAUGACCAGGCCAAUGGCUUCUGUCCAGCAACAGUCACCUUAUAUGCAGCCCAGCAGCCAGCAGUCAAUGGUGUCCAUGGGCUCAGAACCUUCUCCUGCACAAAACUCUCCUGCUCCUGCCUUGCCAUCUCCCUCCCCCCAGCCCCAGUCUCAGAUUGUCCCUUCCCCAGUCAGCAGAGGUAUGAUGGGAGCCCCUUCACCUGGGACCAUCCUUAAUACACCUGGCAACCCAGUAUCCUCGGUUCCGAGCCCUAGUGGAGCAGCCCCUCACAGUUCAGCAGAAGAACAAGCUUACUUGGAGAAACUUGGCAUGCUGUCAAAAUACAUAGAACCACUGCGGCGCUCUGUUAACAGUUUAGAGAAAAACAAAGAUGAAGACAGCAAAAAGAACUACAUGAAAAUGAAGAACUUGCUUGACAUUUUGACAGAUCCAAACAAAAGAGUGUCAAUGACCAUGCUAGUGAGAUGUGAACAAGCCCUGAAUAACUGGCAAAUGCAUUCUAAGCCUUCAAGUGCUUCCUCCUCAGGAGUAUCCAGUAGUGGCCUCAUUGGUCAGUCACUGGUUGAUGCCAUUGCUGCCAAUAUUAAAUCACCAGCACUCAAUCACACUCUGCAUCGUACAUUUGGACCUGCGAUGUCAGCACUGAUGGGGGAGAGAAUUAGGGCACCAAGCCCACCUACUAAGAGAUUACGAAUGGAGGAGAGAGAGAAAGAAGAAGGACUGCCUCACAUGCUUCAGAAUGAAAUCGCCAUGCUGGGGUCUCGAUUUCGGGUCUCCCUUGAUCCACUUCACCACCAUGCCAACAAAACAGCUCACCUUGUCUGUAAAUUAGAUGAUGAACAUCUGCCCAGCGUGCCACCUGUCCUCAUCACUGUGCCCUCUGACUACCCAAAGUCAAGCCCAAUGUGUGAUCCCAAAGCUUGUCCUGGAUAUGAUGCCAGUGACUUUUUCGAGAAUAUUGCCGAGGUCCUGACGCAGAUGACGCGGCGUAUGUCCAACAACUUCACUCUGACCUCUCUGCUCAACGCGUGGGAAAUGAGCGUCCGCAAGGUGUGCGGCCCUCCAACCACGGGGGAGAACUCUGCAGGCUUUUAGGCUUGACCUUCCGCUCCGUGACCCAGCACCUCCAAGAGAGCAUCCGGAAGAUUUGGAAGCUUCAUCCCGCACAGCACAGCGAGAACAUGGAAGACUUCCGGACUUCCGGUGGUGAGCGCGCACGUCAAAUUGAGACAGACAGCGCAGCAUCGAGAAGGAGGCUCCUGACCCGUAUACAAGAACACUAGCAGACUUGGGGAUCUGCCCCCCCCCCCACAAGCAUGGUGCUUGCAGUCCUGGACACUACCUUGCUUAGAUUAGCUCCUAAGCAUGGCUUACUUUGUGUGGAGCCCUGAUCUUUGGCAAAUGUCGCUACAUAAAUAAACAUCAAUUUACAUAAAAUUAUUGCCUGAGUGUCGUCGCCAGAAAGGGCGUGGGAACAUUGGCAGCACCAUCCAUAAGUUACCUCUCUUCUUCUUUUUUUUUUAACCGCUCAGGAGAAUAGAGAAAACGUCACUGCGUCUUCAGCUUGACUGUUCUAAAGUGGAAAGAAAAAUUUAAGAGGUAGCUGUUUGUGAUCGCACCUCUGUGGUGUUCAUUUAGAAAACGUUUUGUAAAAACAGUCUUUGUAUAAGCAAACUUUCGGGAUUUCUCCCGUACCAUAUGAUCGACAUACAAUUCUUAGUUAAUCUGCGAUUGAUAUGUAUAUUUUUUUAAUCUGUGACGCAGUAGAUAGCCUAGUAGUUAGACCUACUGUGUCCCUGCGUUCUUUGGUACAGUACCCGUGGGACUCAGCGGGUUUUCCCGAGUUAACUCUGCUGUCGGGAGUUUGGUACCUGUCUGCAGAGGGUUGGAGGAAUAUGAGGUUGAGAAGGAGAGGAGAUGGGCAUCGCCCUCACAAUAUUGGCCCCAGGGUAUGGGAGGUCUCUGACAUCUCACUUUUCUACCACCUUAAGAUCAGGGACUACCUUGACCUUUGUUUUAGCCGUCUGUAAGUUUAAUUGCUUUCAGUAACGAUCAUGUAAUUCGGUAAAGCAAGGCACAAGAAUUUACCUACUUCUGUGUUUCAGAGUCACGUCGGCCAUUAUGCACCCCAGUGCAGACUUUUUUUUCAAGCUCACUUCCCUCUCCACCCAUAAGCCCAUUAUUCACAGCCAAGCAAUUUGCAGCUGCAUUCUCUGGGCUGAGAAAGGCAUUAUCUUCAGAAGGUGCACAUCUUGAUCAUCACCAAUAAUUGUAACUACCCAUCCCCUCCGACACUUAUCUACCCACUUAUCCCCCUCCUCACACCACCCCACUUCUCUCCCUUGCGUGAUUUUUUUUUUUUUGAGGGGGUGGGGGUGGGCGUCUUUGUUUUUCUUCUUUAAUAGUGGUUUAGCUGCGAGCCUUGUAAAUAUUCGAGAAACUCCUUUGAGUCUUCCUCAACCUCUUGAGAAGCUCGGGUGGAAAACGUCUCGGUGCGUCUGAGAUUUACGGUGACGCUUCUUUGAUGGAUGUGGUGUUCAUUGUCGACUAUUCUCCUUCAUUUCACCUCUGCAAAAGUCGGCUCGACCAUAGACAUGUCUGCUUUGUCCUGCCUGCCGCCUAUUUUUCAAGCUGCUGUUUCUUGGUGGUGGGGAGUGUCUAGGUUCGAUCUCCAAUUCGCUCCAGACCCAGCAAUUUUGGACAAAUUCUAUUUGCCGUCCUAGUCAGAAACCUCAGACAGCAUUGUGGGAUAGUAACUUGUGUAGUUUCGUACUCAACCGAGACGAAGGACAGAGACUCCAGUGCGACAUCAUUAGUAAGAGGGUUAGAAUAAAAAAUGGUCCCUUUACUUUCGGGUGGUUGGGGAGUGACAUGUUAGAAACUACUAUUCUGAUGGCCAGCUUGUUUUGUGCGGGCGGUACCCAUCUCUUCUCACUCUCUGCUUUUCCUGUCCCAACUGUGAUUAUGUACCCAUUCAACAGCUGGGGCACGUUUGCUACCCCACAUGGAUAUUAAACCGGGUAGCGUUUGCGCCAGUGCUCGACUCCCCCCCCCCCAAGUCACCCGCUUUCCCAUCUUGGGUAGCUGUUGACUGUGCUUGCUAUUUCUAACAAUGAUCAUGACUCUUUACCUUGAUUAUUAACUGCUUCAGGCAGUUCUCGGGUACUUACAGAACAAUCGUGCAUUCGCUAGGUCAGGGUGGUUAUCACGUGUUUCGGUGUUACUAAGAUGACGCCAGACGCCAAGACUGCAGUAACCCGGCUGUUGAUAACAUCUCAGUGGCAUCACACGCCUGGGAAACGAAGGAAGAGGAGAAUAAAAAGGAAAUUGAAAACAAAAAGGUCCUUCGUUGCCAAACAGCACCAUCACUUUGUCAUUUAUCACCCUGCUUGUGCUAGACAGAGAACUGUUCAUGUGCAGUCUUCAUUCUACUAUUUUAUAGCUAUCAUUAGUGCUGUCUCUGUCUCUCUCUGUGGGGGGUGAAGACGGUAAAGAGAAUAGCGAAUGCAGCUAUUGCAGAGCACAGGCGCUAGAGAUGAAAGACCUGUGUGUGCAAGAAUGCACUUUCAGUCUGUGCGGGUCUUCGGCGAGAAGAUUGAUAAGAUGCGCGAAAAACAUUUUGUAAGCUAACGCCGUUUGCAGACAUGUAUCAAAACGAUUCUAUUUAUACUUCUACAGAGGUAGAUACACACUUGUUUGCAACGGACGAUUGAAAUGUGUUGUAGCUGUAAGAAUCGACACUGUGUAGAACUAAGGACAAGCAAGUCUGUCUGUCUGUCAGUCUGUGUGGAGAGAGGCACUCUGCCUGCUGUACCGUAGACACGUGUAGCCACAACAGUUUGCUGCCCUUUCGGCCAGUAGGACUCUUUGAUGUAGUGUUUUGCCGAGAUAGAAAUUGCCAGGAAGACUUUCUUUAAAGGUUUCAUCUCGCUUUGUACAAACUUCAUGCUCUCUCCUUAUUUUUUUCCUUCUCGGCGCCACUUUCUUAUUUCUCGGAGGGGGAAAAAAAUAAAAUGAAACAAAAACUAGAUAAUAGCACGAACUGUUGCUCUUGUCAGCAUGAGAUGAAUUGCAACUUUUUAGUUGUUCGUAUUCGCGGCGGAGAAAUGUGAAUUCCACUUUCCAGGAACUGCCUACUGAGAGAGAGGUACUUGCAUGGGUCAGACUGGGAAACUUAAAGACUUACCUGAGAAGGAAAAUAUUUUCAAAUGAAUCGAUUAAGUCUGGAUAAAUAUCUUUUUUUUCUAAUACACUCCUACAAACAUCAAGCACCACAAUUGCAUGUUAACAUACGUAACCUUGUCAUUUGAAAAUAAGUGUUACUCUCAGGUAGGUUUUUGGCCCAAAUGACAUCACAAAGAUCACCAAUCUAGGGUGAAUACUUACCCUUCGCUCAGGGUACUUACAAACUUCGCCAUGCACUGGAGGUCAUAAUAAUGACGUCACAUUUGUACAUGUACGCCAUUAAGGUCCCAGCUCUCCCAUUGGCUGAGGCCUCCACGACGUAUCCAUGUACAAUCCUGUAGUGCUCAUGUUCGGAAUGUCGCAAUAGGCGUGGAUUGGAUGGCUAUCCCCAAGCAGUCAGCUAAAGUGCUAAUGAGAAAGAAGAGUUUCGCUGACUGCUACGCGUUAGCUAUCCGACUUCGCGCUUAGCGACCUUUUGUGCAGCUGGGCCCAAAGCAGUUUGUUAAGACGAAGCGUAAUUAAAUCUUGUGCACGCGGGCGAACGGAACGAUGGUCCGUGCAGCCCAUCUCCACCAACCAGCCUAUCAUUUAACUCUUUACACUUUAAGUCUCCCUAGCCCAAGAACCCCGUAUAGUCGGCAACAAACCCCGAACUGUGAAAGAGUUAAUCUCCCAGAAGCUCUAUCGGCAUCAGGGUGUUUUUUUUUUUUCUUCUCUCCCAGCAUUUCUACACCUCUAACCUUCUCUGCAUACAUGAACGAACGCGCUGUGCGGGUGCGUGCGCCUGCUGCAGCAAGGGAAUAGGGGGUGGAGUGUGUGGUGGAGAUGCACGUUAUCGGGCCGUGCACACGCGAUGCACGUGCCGCCAUGCAAGCGGUCGCUGGCCUGUGGACGCCAUUGAUGAGGUCUGUGGCAGAGUGCGCGCUGGAGAUAAGCUGCUGGUGGAAACUAUGUGCUGGCUGCUUGUUUCAACCAUUUGUAGACAUCAUCGUCAUCUAGGGUGUCUACAUCGCUUUCUACUCUCGUCAUAUCAUAGUUGUUGUUUUUCUCCGCCAUACCCCAAGUCUUCAGUCUUUCUGUCUUCUUUCUCUCCGUUACACAACACGUAAUUCAGUCGCAGUUUUGUUUCGCGAACAAAUGAUGCAGAAAGAGAACACCGGCGCUAUCUUAUCGAAGAGAAGGAAAUAGCCGCGGGUGUUUUUACUGUUAUUGUGUGCUUUAAACUCACUCUGGCAUGUUGGAACGACAUUUAGCGCAAUGACUGCCGCGGGAGGUCACUUCCAGUGCCAAUACCUGACGCGAUAGAUGCGCCGAGGUCUUGUGUAAGAUAUCCUUUGAGUAAUGUCAGACAGUAACAAACUGCUUUUGGUCGGUGUUUCAUGAUGGGGGAAAAAAACAUUUGGAAAAAAAAAACCUUUGUACCGUACUCCUCUGUAAUCAGCCUUCUGUAAAUCCAUCGCUUACAUUCCUGUUCUUUUUCAUGAAGAUUAACAUUGAGGUCAGAAGGUUAACCUUAUAGGCAAUUUUCUUUAUCGUGAACUAAUUGGAAAGAACAGUAGGGAGCGAGGCAAAGGACGUCUGAACCACAUGGGCCCAACAGAUGGGGGCUGCCCUAAACCGGGUCCGCUGGCGAGGUGGUGUUGCGGCCCUAUGCUCUUCGAGAAGCAACAAGGACUAAACUAAAACUAGUCGGAAGACUAACUGAUAAACCCUGAUGGUUCGUCGCCCACAAACCUGCACAGUUUCCAAGCAAAAUGAAAGGAUGUAAGAAGAGCAGACUCUGAGAGGGUCCAAUGGACUCGUUUGUAAAAUGUGUUGAGGGUUCGUGUCUGUAUUUGUCGCUGGGUCACUGUUAUCCAUUCUUGAUGACUUCAGUCGAAAACAGGAUCCGGACACGUUCUUGAGCGUGGAAAGGGAUGAGAGACCUGCAGGCAAGCUUGCUGCAUCUCCAAGAUGAUAUGAGUCCCUUUAUUUCUCUAAGGCGGUCCGAUGGCAGGACGGUUAGCUCCUGUCACCUGUAAAGUGAGGAUUGGGUGUCCUGGGUCCAGAUCUCGUCUCGGGCACACCGUUCUUUCUCUGCACGUGGCAUCUGUUCACAGGACUGCCAGCCUUGCUGUGAUAUAGCCUUAGCUGCUGGCUCGGCUUAAAACACAAAUUUCACUACCUCCCCUUCCCCCAAAUAAACACACCCUUUAUCUCUCGCUCGCUCGCUCGCUCGCUCUAGUGUCUUCUGUUUCUAGCGGAAUGAUAUCUGCUGCCCUCCCCUCUUCAUCUGCUUUGAUGGGCGUGUACCUUGACGGUGAGAAGAUAGCAAUUUUGAGAGAUCAGAACGUUAAAAAAAAAUAAUUCAGAUUUGAUUAUUCAUCUUUAACCCAACUAUGAAAAGACAACUUAUUUUAAAAACACUUUUGAAAAAUUAUAUAGAAAUGAAAAAAGCAACGAGCAGAACACAAAACUCCCAACGGAAUUAUCAGAAGCACGUGCAGCUGAGGUUCUUUGAAGCUUCUUUAUCUUCUAACAUCGACCAUAUGUUUUAAAUUCUUGAUGCGCCUCGGAAGUAUGCAGGUAUCGCCCGUGCCAUGGGGAGAUCGAGCAGAGAGUGCGAAUCGAAACGAUUUAUGAUGAAGCGGGUGUAAGUGCGAUGACGCAAGUCGACAACCGCACAGAGACAACCGCAAAAACCGUUGUUUGCUGAAGCCAAGGGCAGUUCAAGGGGAAUGUUUGGAGCAUGUUGAAGUUUACUUGGGAUGCCAAACUGUAUCAGGUUCUGUUCUUGAAAGUGUUUGGCAUCAUCAUCAUCAUCAAAAUCAUCAAUCAUCAUCAUCAUCCAUCCAUACAUCCUCCAUCAUCCAUCCAUCAUAAUCAUCAUCAUCCAUCCUCCUCCAUCAUCCAUCCAUCAUCCAUCAUAAUCAUCAUCAGCAGCAGCAUCAUUCCCUCCUCCCCUCCUUAUUCUCUCAGAAUAAUUUCUUGUCGGAGGGUCUCACACUAAAAGUGUUAAUAUGCCAACGUCGGGCAUACAUUAUGUUAGUAAUAUGGAUCAUUAUCAUUACAGAGUUUUUGCACUUGUCUCCUUGGUGCUUGUCUCCUCUACCAUUGAGAGUGCGAGGACGCUUCUUAUACAAAUUCUUGCUUAUAUAAUACAGAAUUCGCUCUCUAUGUUUUUAUUUACAUCCAAUCAAAUUUCUUUUGCGGAAGGAAAGCAUACGAUUGUUUUCCUCAUUCAUCUGUUGGAUUCAUUUCUGUAAAUAAGGAUUAAUUUUCUUACGAGGUAGUCACUGAAUGCCAUUGUUGAUCUUUUCUUUGCCUUUAAUUAGUGUCGAACUGUUUUUGCUCACCUUUAUUUUUUAUUUUGAUUAGUUUCAAACUGUCGUCUCUGAACUGUGGUUAUGAAUCAAUUUCGAACGAACAUCACUGACAUAUUAAACAUCGACGCAGACGUCAGAUUGUACAUGGAUACUUACUUAUAUGUUGUGAAACCAGCCAAUGGGAGAGAUAGGACUUUACGUUAAGUAGGCGUAUCUGUGUACAAACGUGACGUCACAAUUUUGACAUCUUUCUUAUUGUAUGGUUUGCUGCAGCAAGUGUAUAGAAAAAGUAACGGAGAAUAUUCACUUAUUUGAAGAAAGAGUAUUAGAACUUCAUCAAGUCAUAAGUUCAAAAAAAAAAAAAAAAAAGAGUCCCCCACCAGUUUCUGAGUGACCUUAUAUUUUCAGUCAUUUGUUUUGAACUGUCUUCAUUCCAGAUUCUAUGUUUUAUGGAGUUGUUUCGAACUUAUGUCAAUAAAAAAAUUUAUGAAUUUGA